AGUAUUCCUACACUGAUAAAUCGAUUUCCCGGGGAAGUCUUGAUGCAAAACCAAAACGGUUUAUCAGCCAGUAAAAUUGCCUAUAAAAUCGCGGAGUUGUCCUGCAGUCUUCAUCAGAAGAUGAACGUCUGCUCUAUCGUCAGCAUGUUGUUCUUCGUAGUUCUCGGCGGUCUCCUCCUCACCCAAAGCGUCUGGUCCGAGGACGUUCCGGAGUCCUGUAUCGCCGCCAGCUGCACCACCUUCCAGCAGAUCAACACCCUGUACUGUCACGCCAAUCCGGCCCGAUUUUGCCAGUGUCGUCCCGCCGUAGGUGGCGGCUGGACGCUCCAGGUGAUGCCCUGCCCGGAACCGGAAACCAUGUUCAGCUUCCGCCAUCAGGUGUGCGUCCAUCCGUCGAUGUGGGACGACGCCGAGUGUGGCCCGUCCGGACCCGGUGGAGACGAAGAUGAAACCGACUUGGAAAAUGUGAUUCUUGGUUGUGAGGCGGCACCUUGCGGAACGUACGAGGAGAUCAACACCCUUACGUGCCAUCCGGACGCGAAACGGUUCUGCCAGUGUAGGCCGGUGUCGACGCAGGAGGAAUAUCCGAAUAGAGGGCUGUUUCAGGCGAUAUCCAUGCCUUGCGCCCAGGGAACUUCGUUCAGUUUUGGACUGCAGACGUGUGCCCAUGAUGCGCUGUGGAUCAAUACGUGUCCUUGAAUGUACCACAUGUUUUUAUCAAGUUUUUUUUUGUAUCAGUUAUUGAAUAAACUUCUCACAGAAUUUGUA